AUGUCGGCAGGGAAAACGGUUGUGAUUGCGCUGGGCGGCAACGCUAUGCUUCAGGCCAAGGAGAAGGGGGACUAUGACACUCAACGUAAGAAUGUUGAGAUUGCGGCCUCGGAGAUUUAUAAAAUCCAUAAGGCUGGCUAUAAGGUUGUUCUCACAAGUGGUAACGGGCCGCAGGUGGGUGCCAUAAAACUCCAAAACCAGGCUGCAGCAGGUGUUUCUCCAGAAAUGCCCCUCCACGUCUGUGGUGCAAUGUCCCAGGGAUUCAUCGGCUACAUGAUGUCUCAGGCGAUGGACAACGUUUUUUGCGCGAAUAACGAGCCAGCAAACUGUGUUACCUGUGUCACUCAGACAUUAGUCGAUCCGAAGGAUCAGGCUUUCACAAAUCCCACAAAGCCCGUUGGGAGGUUCUACACCGAGCAGGAGGCGAAGGACCUCAUGGCUGCAAACCCGGGAAAAAUCCUCCGCGAGGAUGCUGGCCGCGGCUGGCGUGUUGUCGUCCCAUCUCCUCGUCCUCUUGAGAUCGUGGAGUAUGGUGUCAUCAAGACCCUCAUUGACAACAACGUUCUUGUCAUUUGUACGAAUGGGGGAGGAAUCCCUUGCAAGCGCGAGAACAAGGUCAUCAGUGGCGUGGAUGCUGUCAUCGACAAGGACCUUGCAACCUCUCUUCUAGCUAAAACGCUGAACUCGGACUACCUUAUGAUACUUACGGACGUCCUCAACGCGUGCAUCAAUUACAAGAAGCCCGAUGAGAGAAAGCUCGAGGAGAUCAAGCUUAGCGAGAUUCUCGCCCUCGAAAAGGACGGCCACUUUGCUGCCGGAUCUAUGGGGCCGAAGGUCCGUGCAGCAAUCGAGUUUACACAGGCAACUGGAAAAAUGAGCAUCAUCACCUCCCUGAGCACUGCGGUGGAUGCGCUCAAUGGUAAAUGUGGGACCCGCAUCAUCAAGGAUUAA